AUGCCGGUCGAUAGAAGAAAACUUUGUGUAUUUGGAGGUGCAAUCACUCUCCGCAUUCUUUUAUUUACCCUAUUUCCGACUCUCCCAGACCUGCUUACAGGUCGAGUGGAAGUUUCUACGCCAGUCAGCAGCUUUAAGAGGCUCCAAGAAGGUGUCUUUUUAUACACCCGAAAGGUCAGCCCGUAUGACGGUGGAGUUUAUCACCAGGCCCCGAUUCUUUUGCCAAUAUUUUCGCUCCUCCCGCAGUCUGCCAGCCAUCCUCUUCUUGCCGGUUUGGUUUACGUCCUUCUCGAUCUUCUCAACGCCGCGGCUUUGAUAACCAUAUCGGAUUCCGGUGAAUCUGUGGUGUCGAGACUUUACACGUCUACACGGAAACAUAUUCGAUGGGAUGGAGUCUCUAUUGCUGCAGGUUACCUAUUUAAUCCAUUUGUAAUCGCGACAUGUCUGGGCCGAUCAACCAACAGUUUCACCAAUUCCGCAAUCCUAUAUGCUAUUUCGAAUGCGGUUACGGGUAAUACCUUCAACUCCGUGCUCGCGCUGGGAUUCGCUUCGUAUCUAUCACUCUAUCCUGCUCUCCUAUACCCGCCGCUCAUUCUCCUCUGCUACGAUCGAAACAUAUCACGUGUGAAAUCCACAGGCGGUUCUUUCGGCUACGCGCUAAGAUAUUUUCUUCUUUUUGUCACGAUUGUCGUGGCACUCCUCUAUAUGUCUUACAUUCUUACUGGUAAUUCAUGGGAGUUUAUAUCUGCAACUUAUGGGGUUCAGCUGCUGGUACCUGACUUGACACCAAACGCUGGCCUUUGGUGGUAUUUCUUGAUUGAGAUUUUCGAUCCGUUUCGAGAAUUUUUCCUGGGAGUUUUCUGGUUGCAUCUGGCAUCAUAUGUUGGGGCCUUCACCGUGAGGAUGAGGACGCAGCCUCUCUUUGUGAUCACCUCAUUCCUUGGGGUAUGUUCGAUUUUCAAACCAUACCCUAGCAUUUCUGACGUAUCCAUCUAUUUUGCUCUUCUGCCACUCUACCGCCAUGUCUUCCCAUUAAUGCGUUAUACGUUUUUCGCCGUUGCGGUUUUGCUAUAUGCUACACUUCUCGGCCCAAUAUUCCACCAUUUAUGGAUAUAUGCUGGCUCGGGCAACGCCAAUUUCUUCUACGCAAUAACCCUAGUCUGGAGUCUAGGGCUCUCGAUUCUCGUUGCAGAUUCGAUAUUCGCUGUCCUUCGUGACGAGUGGGAGAAGAGCAGACCAGACAUGAAAGGAAAAUAUGCAAAGCAGAUCUAA